AUGGAUCUUUCAGAAGUCCUGUUAUGGACUACAUUCGUGACUUAUGGUUCGGAGUGCGCAUCCGGAUGUGGACUGACGAAUAGCAACACCAGCAAGAUCCUGAGGACACCAAGAAGAUUGGCUAAGGCAUCUGUAUCGGCAUUUAGCCCCGCUGUCACUGUACGAUCACAACAAUCUCGUUUGAACAUGGCGACUGCUUUGAGUCAAGAGGAAUUGAAGAAGCAAGUUGGCUACAAGGCCGUGGACGACUACGUCAAGAGUGGACAGGUCGUUGGACUAGGAACUGGUUCCACGGCCUACUACGCCGUCGAACGAGUGGGCGAGAAACUCAAGUCGGGAGAACUCAAGGACAUCCUGGCCAUUCCAACCUCUAUCCGAACCAAGGAACAAGCCGAAGAACUCGGAAUCCCUCUCGUCACACUCGAUACACACUCCAAGUUGGAUGUCGCCAUUGAUGGAGCUGAUGAGGUCGAUCCCGGUCUCAACCUCGUCAAGGGAGGAGGCGGUGCCUUGUUGCGAGAAAAAAUGGUCGAAAUCUGUGCCGACAAGUUCAUUGUGAUUGUUGACGAAUCCAAGUUGUGUGAUGGCCUUGGACCUGGAUUCCCAGUGCCUGUGGAAAUCACACCCUUUUGCCACGAACACACCAUGCGCACAGUUGGGGACCUAUCAACCUGCAAGGGAAAAUGCAAGCCUGUGCUCCGAAUGGGAUCUUCUUCAUCCAACCAGCCAGAUGGUGAUGAAAUUGCUGUCACAGACAACGGAAACUACAUUGUCGACCUCCACUUUGACGAACCCAUCGCUGACCCACCAAAGAUGGCCGAAGAACUCAAAAACGUUUGUGGGGUUGUAGACCAUGGUCUGUUCUGUGGCAUGACAACGGCUGUGAUCAUUGCCGGAUCCGAUGGAAUCUCUGUCAAGAAACCCUAG